CGUGGCCAGGCACGUGUUUUGUCAAAGUGUCGUCUUUGCUGCCACAACUGUCUCCUUCAGUACAGCUGCAGAAGGUAAUGGCACAGUUCAAAGCUCCAGCAGAGGAAACCCAACAAGCUGAAAGGAUAAAAGUGAGGAAAAGUGCAGAUUGGAGUUUAACACGAGAGAAGAUCAGAUUUGAAGUCCAGGAUCCAACAGCUCUGAUCACAGAUGAGGUUUAAAACGAGCGUCAGAGAGGAGUGAGCCGCCCUCACCGUCAGCAGCACUGCCCGAGACGCUCAGGCCCAGAGUCCUCCCUACAGGCUAAAGUCCUGCUGUCCACAUUUUCUACUCGAGAUUGUCCACCGCAGCAUUCAAAACUGUUUCUCCAACGCUUCUACCAAAAACUUAGACUGUUUUCCAAAUCAGAAGCGGCCCAGCCCCCUCAGUUGGAAGUGAUGGGGAGCCUGCGAAGCCACCGUUACAGCAUUGUGUCCUCGGAGGAGGAUGGCAUGAAGCUGGCCUCCGUCACUGUCCCAAAUGGCUACGGGAAUGGCGAUGUCAGCAAGAGGCACACAGAGCACCAACCUCAGAGCCGCUUUGUCAGCAAGGACGGCCACUGCAAUGUGCAAUUUAUCAACAUGAGUGAAAAAGGCCAGCGGUACUUGGCAGAUAUCUUCACCACCUGUGUGGACAUUCGCUGGCGCUGGAUGCUGGUCGUAUUCUGCCUCUCCUUCCUAUUGUCCUGGUUGAUUUUUGGCUUUGUCUUCUGGGUUGUGGCCCUCUGUUAUGGGGACUUAGAGAGUGACACUCAAAUAUGCGUUUCCAACGUGGACAGCUUCACGGCUGCCUUUUUGUUUUCAGUUGAGACCCAAACCACAAUUGGCUACGGUUAUCGCUAUGUGACAGAGGAAUGCCCCAUUGCCGUUUUCAUGGUGGUAUUUCAAAGCAUUGUGGGAUGCAUCAUUGAUGCUUUUAUUAUUGGUGCUGUCAUGGCCAAGAUGGCAAAGCCUAAGAAAAGAAACGAGACCCUGGUGUUCAGCCAUUAUGCCACGGUAGCUAUGAGGGACAGUAAACUUUGCCUGAUGUGGCGGGUGGGGAAUCUGAGGAAGAGUCACCUGGUGGAGGCCCACGUAAGGGCCCAGCUCCUCAAGUCCCGCACCACAGCAGAGGGAGAGUUCAUCCCUCUGGAUCAAGUGGACAUCGAUGUGGGCUUUGAUAGCGGCAUCGACAGAAUCUUCCUGGUGUCUCCUAUCACCAUUGUGCACGAGAUUGACGAGGAGAGUCCUUUCUACGAGAUGAGCAAACAGGAGUUGGAAACGUCAGAGUUUGAGAUUGUGGUGAUCCUCGAGGGCAUGGUCGAGGCCACGGCCAUGACAACUCAGUGUCGGAGCUCCUACGUGGCUAGCGAGAUCCUCUGGGGUCACCGCUUUGAGCCAGUGCUCUUUGAGGAAAAGAACUAUUACAAAGUAGACUACUCUCGAUUUGACAACACAUACGAAGUGCCCAGCACACCUUCCUGUAGCGCCAGAGACCUGGCCGAGAGGAAAUCCGAUGCUUCCAGUGUGAGGAACUCCUUUUGUUACGAGAACGAAGUGGCGCUGGAAAAAGCUGAGCUGGAGGAGGAGUUUGAAGAGGCAGAAAACAGGUUGAUGAGGGACCUCGAGGUUGCUCCACUUGAGGACGCAAGCGCUGAUCGAGGUUCAAGCUCUGAAUGCAACCGGGAUCCUUUGCCUUUAGAAUCAAGGCCCUUGACAACAGAAUCAGAAAUAUGACCGGUGAAAAAAGCCACAGGGGAUGUUAAAUUUAGCUUUAACAUUAGUC